GGAARAAAAAAAAAAAAAAAAAAAAGCCCUUCUUGAUCUAAAAUGUCCCUCAAGCUGCCACGGACCUGGGAUUUCAACCUGAAAAUGGAUGCUGCAAAAAUAGCCCGCUCCCGGAGUGUGAUGAGCGGGGACCCCGCGGGUGCUCGGCCGGGCUCCCCCAGCCCCCUGGAGCGGCCCCUCAAGCUGGGCUGGCUCAAGAAGCAGCGCUCCAUCGUCAAGAACUGGCAGCACAGGUACUUUGUGCUCAAGGGACAGCAGCUCUACUACUACAAGGACGAGGACGAYCCCAAACCUCAGGGCUGCCUGUCACUCCAGGGAAGCACCAUCAAGGAGGUGGCCACUAACCCAGAGGAAGGAGGGAAAUUCAUCUUUGAAAUCAUCCCAGGGGUGGCUGGAGAGCAGAGCCGGGCAGGGCAGGACACGUGUGUGCUGAUGGCCAGUUCCCAGGCAGAAAUGGAGGAGUGGGUGAAAUCCAUCCGCAGGGUGCUGGGCUCGGCCUCAGGAGCGGUGUUYGGGCAGCGCCUGGCAGACACCAUGGCCUAUGAACAGAAAUUUGGGCAGCAGCAGGUGCCCAUCCUGGUGCAGAAAAGUGCAGAAUUUAUCCGGGAGCACGGAGUGAGCGAGGAGGGAAUCUUCCGCCUCCCUGGCCAGGACAACCUGGUCAAACAGCUCCGGGAUGCCUUCGACGCCGGGGAGAGACCCUCGUUUGACAGGGACACCGAUGUCCACACUGUGGCCUCCCUGCUCAAGCUCUACCUGCGGGAGCUCCCGGAGCCCGUGGUGCCCUGGCUGCAGUACGAGGAUUUCCUGCUCUGUGGAAAGGCACUGGAAGCUGAUGAGUCAAAGGGCCAUCAGGAGCUCCUGAAGCAGCUGUCCCUCCUUCCCAGAGACAACUACAAUCUCCUCAGCUACAUCUGCAGGUUUCUCUAUGAAAUACAGCUGAACUCCAGUGUCAACAAGAUGAGUGUGGAUAACCUGGCAACAGUGAUYGGAGUGAACCUCAUCAGACCCAAGAUAGAGGAUCCUGCAAUUAUUAUGAGAGGCACACCCCAGGUCCAGAAGGUGAUGACUGUGAUGAUCAGUGACCAUGAAAAUCUCUUUCCCCCAUCCAAGGAUGUGCCACCCUCCCCACCUGCCCAAAAAACUGAGAAGAAAGCUCCUGUCCCACGCAGCUCUGUGGGCUGGGGAGCUGGAGAGAACCCCACAGUGCCCAGAGGCUCCAUCCAAAGGCAAAUGAGGGCUGACCCCAAUUCCAGCAGUGCCCCCGGCCCAGCUGCGAGCUCGAGUGUCCCCGGGGAAGAUACAGAGUCCAAAGACACRCUGGGAACGUGGAAAACACAGUCAAGGAAAAGAACUCAGACUUUACCUACAAGGAAAUCUUUGCUGACAGCAGCUCCUCCGGAGGAGAAAGGCAGCAAGGACAAGAAUGACAUCUUUGCCAGUGACUUUUGGCAAAGCUCCCCGGGGAGCAGCACACGCCCUGCAGCCUCUGAUGGACACAAGAGAACAUUGUCUCACGAUCUUUUYAAGCUGCUCGACCUUCACAGGGCUCCAACCUGUGACAAUGUUCCCCUCUCGCAGGCAGAGAGUGGGGAGGGCAGCGGCUCCAGCCCCAGCCCUUCCAGCAGCAUCUCCGAGAAGGAAUUUCUGCCCUGCUUCAGUCCCACCAGCAGCCCUGCUGAGGUCUCCAAGCCUGAUCAGGAGAGCAGGGAGUUCCUGCAAAACAUGAUCCUCAAGCUGGAAAARGAUCUGGAGGCACAGAAAAAUGACUAUGAGAAACGAAUUACAAGUCUCCAGAAGGAAAACUGUGAAGUCUGGGCCAAAGUGGGGAGGCUGAACCAGGACAUUGAGCAGGAGAAGAAGAAGUCUGGAGAGCUGGAGCAGAAGCUGAUGAACAUGGAGCGCUUGUGGGGUGACCUGGAGAAGAAAACCAAGAUGUUUGAGGAGGAGAUAAAAAACUUAACUAAAUCCACAAGUAAAACUGGUGCCAAAACCAACUAGGAGGAGAUGCUCAGCUUUGCACAGACACAAAGUGCAGCUGCACGAAUCCAAAGGAAUUGCAGGUUCAGAGCCAGGAUCUUGUAUUUUUCUGUGCCCUGCUACUGCCCCACAAGCUGAGUGGGAGGAAGGAGAUCAGAGCUUAGGGGCUGGUUUUUGCUCUGGACCAGGAAAUUUCAAAAAUACCUUUUAGCUUUUUUUGGUGUUUAUUUCARCUCCUCUUUCAGCUGCUCAAGUUACCUGGAGAACAGGCCAGCACUUCCUGUUGCUCAGUCAGAAUGUCUCACUCGGAAGAUUGGGGUAUGGAUGCAUGAUGCCUUUACAAAACCAAACCAGUGCCUGUCUCCUUGCUGGAGAUAUCCACAUGUAAAACACCCCUGAAUUCUGGAUCUGGGCAGGUAGAAGAGCCUCAGUCUGGGGUAGCACAGCCCAUGAGCAGUGCCUGCACUGUGGAGGUGCUCACAUCCAUCACAGCUGCUCAGUGCUUUGUGUGGCAAGACAAGCCCAGCAGGCUCUGACAUCUCCUGCAGCAUCCCCUGCUGUGCUGUGCCAGCCAUCCCUGCCAUUGCUCCAGGCACAAGAGCCCAGGAUCACACAAACCUUCUCAGUUCUGUGGUCGUUGCGUUGUUUUAAGUCACUGCUCCCUACAGCCACGUGUUCCUAAAUCCAGCACAGCUGACAAAGCUUGGGGAGCACUUUCACACAUUUCUACUUGGAGCUCUUUGUGCACAGRGAGCCCAUCAGCAACUUUCCCAGAAAGUUCUGCAUUUUCUGUGAUGAUCAGACUUUAAAGGAUGACAAAUUUGGACUUAUUGACCRCCCCUGCUUUGGUGUUUCAUUAUUUCUGAAGUGCCCACAGGAUUUCCUCAGCCAGCUUGUGGAAACCUGGGUUUGCACCCCAGUGAGGAUGUCAGGUCUCUCCCCAUCACUUGCUGCCAUCAGUGUAGAGACCACAUGGACACAAAGGUGUCCCUGUGGCUAUUUGUGACCUUUCUGCUUGUCCUCCACCCCUGCCAGAGAGUCGUCCUUCCAGCAGUACCACGGUGGUAAUCCACUUCUUUUGAUGCCUGAUCUGGCUACCUAAAACAGAGGCCAGACAAAAUUCAGAGAAUCAAAAGCAGUUCUAUUUAUUUCAGAGCCUUCAGGGCCAUUCAGGGCAGUCCCACACCCACAAUGGACCAUGGCUCACGGGUUUUUCACCCUUUCUCACUUUUGUCCAUUUGCACAUCGGGAUUUGCUGAAUCCUCCAAUUGCAGCUGCAGCCAAUGCAGUCAUUGACUCCAACUUGGCUCCCCCAAUUCUCUGUUGUUUCCAUCUCUUGGGGCCUGGCCCAGGGAGGUGUCCUUGAGUUUGGGGCUGCAGAGGAAUUGUUUUGUGCAAAACAUGGGAGAACAGAAGCUCAGCACUCUAUGUGGAGUCUAGAGUUAUACAUUAAGRAUUACAGGAAUUGCAGGAUUACAGAUACAAGAGAAAUAUAGAAGCUAAAUCCUAAGGCAUCUCCUGACACACUCAGAUAAAGAGGUUCCAAAGUGUCUGCCACCAUUUCACAGCAACUGCUGCCAUUCACAGUUAUUUUCUAUGAUUUCAGAUGACCUUGAUAGAGCUGCUCCAGUGUUUAUUUCAUUUUUUACCUUUGCAAGAAGCUCAUCACUAAUCUGAGUGUGAGGCUCAGGAGUCAUUAGAGGGAAACUUCUCCAUCGGGUUUAGGAGCAACAUCAUGAACAUCUGGGUUGGAAAUGCCACAUGCUCCUUUCUGCAAAGAUCAAAAGUGUGAAGAGGCCAAUAAUUCCUUCACAGCAGACUGUAAUGACGUGCAAAGGCUUGGCUGAGGCUCAGAAACCUCCACCAUUAGGACAAGUGCACGUUAUUUUAGUAUAAACYGCGCAUUCCUCUGCUUCCGCUCAGAUAGGCAAAACAGCCCCRUGGCUGCUGAGGAUCAGAGGGACUCCUUUGAAGAUAUUCCACCCUUUAACAUCUGCAAGGUUUAUAGAGGUCAUCUCUGAAAGAGAGACUUUCCAGCAGAGGUCAGGUGGRCUGGAAAUUCCUGAGCCUGGAGGGAGGAGCAGCCUCAGAGAGCAACACGGGCACCUUGAGAGCUGGUGUUGUCCUUGGGUGCUGUUAGAUAAUGAGUGAGUUUUUUCCAGAGACAGAAAACCAUGAAUUACCCAUACCAGACCUGUGAACUGCACUCUUUUCAUCCCUGAGGGGGUGGGUGUCCUCUCUGCUUAGCCCAGAGCCUCACCUGAACACAGGCACUGCUUGAAGCUUGUUCUGGAUCUUCUGCACUUUCUAUUGGAGACAUCACAACAUGAGAUUUCUGAAAACUGAUUGAUGCCCAGCCUACAUUUCCUUCCUCUCUCUAUUUAUGCAGCCAGGCCGUGGAGCUUUUUGGAGUGGAAGCAGCAGAGAAUUUCUCCUGUUCCUGGAGCAGGGGUUGCUGCGAGGGACAUUAUAAACUCUGGGGGGGUUUGGUGGCUCUUCAGCCCAGCAGUUUUGGGUCUGGAUCCCCUGGAGAGUGUGAUGCUACUCCUGUCAUAAAACCACAACAGACAAUAAAGCAAGAGCCUUUCCAGACCUGUCCUGUAGGCUUUUGGGAACCUSUGAAAAGGUAUUUUUCACCCCUUAACCCUCCUACUGCAGUGUGAGGACAYAAAAGCUUUACCAAGGUGAUAAUGGGGGGAUCACACAGAGGAUUUUCCUCUUCCUUUAAAUGUGAUAGGGCUUUCCAAAUUAAAGCAAUUGAACCACAGAUCCCAAUGUAUCUAAARCUGUUAAAUGAUGUAGUGUGGAUGAAAGUAGAUGAAAGUAAGRUAUCUUUUAGUCCAUCCUUUUAGUCACCUCACUGCAUUCUUUGUGUUAGAGCAGAAACUCUGUUUUGCUCUUCUCAGACAUUUACUGAAUAAAUUAAUUUAGGAAUUCACUCCAUUGUGUCCAAGGUUUGGUGCGCAUGAGAGGCAAGAAAAUAAAAUUAUC